GAAGGUGUGACCAUAAGAAUUUAUGUAUUUUACGUAUUAGUAUGAUAACACUUAUGUCCAUUUCAGAAUUUAUCCCGCAUUGUGCACCCAGGGAUUUGUUUACGAUAAAGCGAUAAAGAACGGAGAUGCCCUCAUUUAAUGUGGGUGGAUAGAAAGGAAUUGAAUCAUUUAAAAUUUUAAAUAUUAAUUUUUAAAUCCGUCUUAUUAUUUAAAAAGACAAUUUUUAAAACGUUGUAGCUAAUAUAAAAGACGUUUUAUGGAUAAUCGAGCCCUUAUAAUUACAUAUAUGUUCUAAUGAAUGCAAAGGUUAUACCAAAAAUCCCAACCCCACCUUCUUCACACGCAAGCAAAUAACAUAUUGGAGCACCACGUUGGAGCAGCAGUCUCUCAAAAACACAGGAGUGAUGGAUCUGCUUUCACUUUUAGGAAACGUAUAAAUAACAACCGACGUCAAAGAUUUGAGAUGAAGACGGUAGCAUCCUGGCAGCAUCGGACAGUGGCCUUCUUUGUGGCCAUUUGGCUGCCAUUCUGCCUUGGCCAGACCACGCCUUCCCCUCAGCACCAUGGUAGCAAACUUAAGUUCCGAUUGGCUGGCUACCCACGCAAGCACAACGAGGGACGUGUAGAGAUCUUCUACCAGGGCGAGUGGGGCACCAUUUGUGAUGAUGACUUCUCCUUGGCAAACGCGCAUGUGCUUUGUCGCCAUUUGGGUUUUACUUCAGCCAUAGGUUGGACCCACAGUGCCAAGUAUGGAAAGGGAAUAGGGAAGAUCUGGUUGGACAAUGUGCAGUGUGUUGGCAGUGAGAAGAGCAUAGACCUCUGUAAAUCCCGAGGCUGGGGCAACAGCGACUGCACCCAUGAUGAGGAUUCCGGCGUGGUUUGUAAAGAUGAGAGGUUGCCAGGUUUUGUGGACAACAACAUCGCUGAGAUGGAAGUGGAUGACAACAUUGUAGAAGAGAUCCGCCUCCGCCCUGUAGUAGCAUUUGCCAAGACGAAGACGCCCAUCACUGAGGGUAUAGUGGAGGUGAGGUACCGGGAUGGCUGGGGUCAGAUCUGUGACCUGGGCUGGACCCCCAAGAACACACACGUCAUUUGUGGUAUGAUGGGAUUCCCCUAUGAGAAGAAAGUCAACAAGAACUUCUAUAGACUCUUCACAGAGAAGCAGCAAAACUACUACCACCUCCACUCAGUGGCCUGCACUGGCACCGAAGUGCACCUCUCCAGCUGCAGUGUGAAGUUCAACAGAGGGAACAGCAGCACUAGCUGUGCAGGGGGCAUGCCAGCUGUGGUCAGCUGUGUCUCUGGCCCACAGUUUGCCCAGGCCUCUGGUCAAAAGAAGAAACUUAAAAUAUCGAACACCGUGAGGCUGAAAGCAGGUGCCCGGAUUGGAGAAGGCCGAGUGGAGGUGCUGAGGCACAGCAAGUGGGGCAGCGUGUGUGAUGAGCGCUGGGGCCUGCAGGAGGCCAGUGUGGUGUGCCGGGAGAUGGGCUUCGGCAGUGCCAAAGAGGCCCUAAGAGGGGCCCGCAUGGGCCAGGGAUUUGGGCCCAUCCAUAUGAAUGAGGUCCAGUGCACAGGACAGGAACGGUCCAUCUGGAGCUGUCAGUACAAAAAUGUUACCUCAGAGAGCUGCCAGCACACACAAGAUGUCUCCGUGAGGUGCAACGUACCUUACAUGGCCUAUGAAAACACGAUACGCAUCACAGGGGGGCGCACACGGUACGAGGGCCGUGUGGAGGUGGCAACCACAGACAAGAAUGGAACUCAGGGCUGGGGGUUGAUCUGUGGAGAUGGCUGGGGUACACUGGAGGCCAUGGUAGUUUGUCGGCAGCUGGGCCUUGGCUAUGCUAAUCACGGCUUGCAAGAAACAUGGUACUGGGACAGCAGCAAUGUGACGGAGAUGGUCUGGAGCGGUGUGAAGUGCACAGGGGAGGAGAUGACCCUCAGCCACUGCCUGCACCAGAAAAGUGGUAGCUGCCGUAGGGCGGGGGCACGCUUCUCGGCAGGUGUCAUCUGCGCUGAGACUGCCCCGGACCUGAUCAUGAAUGCCACACUAGUCCAAAGCACAGUUUACAUUGAGGACCGGCCCCUGCAUAUGCUGUACUGUGCGGCUGAGGAGAACUGCCUCUCCAAGUCAGCCGCCAACGCCAGCUGGCCCUAUGGCCACCGCCGACUGCUGCGUUUCUCAUCCCAGAUCAACAACGUUGGCCGUGCUGACUUUCGCCCCAAGGCCGGCCGCCAUUCCUGGGUGUGGCAUGCCUGCCAUGCGCAUUAUCACAGCAUGGAUAUCUUCACUCACUACGACCUGCUCUCUGCAAACGGGACCAAGGUGGCCGAAGGGCACAAGGCCAGCUUCUGUCUCGAGGAUAGCGACUGCAAUGAAGGCGUUGCGAAGCGGUAUGCAUGUGCCAACUUUGGCGACCAGGGGAUCACAGUGGGCUGCUGGGACUUGUAUGCACACGACAUAGACUGCCAGUGGGUCGACAUCACUGACGUCAAGCCGGGACAUUACAUCUUUCAGGUCGUAAUAAACCCAAACUUUGAAGUAUCAGAAAGCGACUUUACCAACAAUGGCAUGAAAUGUAACUGCAAAUAUGACGGGUAUCGAAUUUGGUUGCACAACUGCCAUCUCGGUGAUGCAUUCAGUGAAGAGGCAGAAAGAAGCUUUGAGAAGUACCCUGGACAGCUCAGUAAUCAGGUUUCCUAAGCAAUACUAGGCUCAGCAGGAACAUUCUUAAGGAAUAUAGCCAACCUUUAUCUUGAAUGGACUCCCUUUUAACCUUUGAAUUUGAAUGUCAUUUCCUGUUCAUGUCAACAACCCAUAAAGUACAACAAAUCAAUAUACACAAUUUUGGAGUAUGGUGCUAUGAUUGUAUACCAGCUGAAAUUUCCAGUAGUCUAAAUGGGAGUAUCUGUGAAGGUGUCAGGUAUGUUAACAGUAUUAUGCUGGAAUAUGUAGUAAUUUUUCAUAAACCAACCAAGUAUUCAGAUUUUUAUUAUGCUUUCCAACACAAAUAAUUCUGUUUUGGGUCUUAUACAAAUGUUUUGUACUACUAUAUUACACAUACAAAGAAAUAUAAGAAAUGUUUGUCUGAGUUUUUGGUUAUAAAAUAUAUAUGCAGGCAAUCCCUGGAUUAAAAACAUUUGACUUAUGGACCACUGGUACUUACGAAAUGACUGCCAUAAAGCAUAUUAUAAGAUGAGAGAGGCCUGUAAUUUUCACCAUAGGUAUACCUCAACUAUGAGAGACAAAAGGAGACAAAGAAAUCCAGAUAAUCACAUUGACUGAAUUUUAAAGAAUUUAUUUACAAAGUAUGGUGGAAAAUAAGUAUUUGGUCACCUACAAACAAGCAGGAUUUCUGGCUCUCACAGACCCGUAACGUCAUCUGUAAGAGGCUCCUCUGUCCUCCACUCGUCACCAGUAUUAAUGGCACCUGUCUGAACUCAUUAGCAGUAUAAAAGACACCUGUCCACAACCUCAAACAGUCGUACUCCAAACUCCAUUAUGGCCAAGACCAAAGAGCUGUCGAAGGACACCAAAAACAAAAUUGUAGACCUGCACCAGGCUGGGAAGAGUGAAUCUGCAAUAGGUAAGCAGCUUGGUGUGAAGAAAUCAACUGUGGGAGCAAUUAUUAGAAAAUGGAAGACAUACAACACCACUGAUAAUUUCCCUCGAUCUGGGGCUCCACACAAGAUCUCACCCCGUGUCGUCAGAAUGAUCACAACAACGGUGAGCAAAAAUCCCAGAACCACACGGGGGGACCUAGUGAAUGACCUGCAGAGAGCUGGAACAGGUCACCGUCAGUAACACACUACGCCGCCGGGGACUCGGAUCAUGCAGUGCCAGACGUGUCCCCCUGCUUAAGCCAGUACAUGUGCAAUCCUGUCUGAAGUUUGCUAGAGAGCAUUUGGAUGAUCCAGAAGAGGAUUGGGAGAAUGUCAUAUGGUCAGAUGAAACCAAAAUAGAACUUUUUGGUAAAAACGCUACUCGUCGUGUUUGGAGGAGGAAGAAUGCUGAGUUGCAUCCAAAGAACACCAUACCUACUGUAAAGCAUGGGGGUGGAAACAUGCUUUGGGGCUGUUUUUCCGCAAUGGGACCAGGACGAUUGGUCUGUGUAAAGGAAAGAAUGAACGGGGCCAUGUAUCGUCAGACUUUGAGUGAAAACCUCCUUCCAUCAGUAAGGGCAUUUAAGAUGAAACGCGGCUGGGUCUUUCAGCAUGACAAUGAUCUGAAACACACCACCCGGGAUGGAAGGAAUGAAGGAAUGGUAAUGGUAUAGCCAGUCUCCAGAUCUCAACCCCAUAGAAAAUCUUUGGAGGGAGUUGAACGUCCGUGUUGCCCAGCGACAGCCCCGAAACAUCACUGCUCUAGAGGAGAUCUGCAUGGAGGAAUGGGCCAAAAUACCAGCAACAGUGUGUGACAACCUUAUGAAGACUUACAGAAGAUGUUUGGCCUCUGUUAUUGCCAACAAAGGUUUCAUUACAAAGUAUUGAGAUGGACUUUUGUUAUUGACAAAAUACUUAUUUUCCACCAUACUUUGCAAAUAAAUUCUUUUUAAAUAGUUUUUUGCCCCGUUUUACAUGCACAACAUUGUGAUAUUCAUGAAACAUUGAGUGGCUUCAGAGGUUCAUCUGCUCGAGGUACAGUACCGUAUGUCCUUUUGUUAUUACUGUAUAGUUAUUAGUAUUAUGUACUGUAUUAUUAUUGUUCCUACUUAACGACAAAUUCAACUUAGACAGAUUUAGAGAACGGAUCAUGUUCAUUACCAGGGGACUACCUGUACAGUGAAUUGUUAAUCACAAAAUACAUUCCAAAGUUACAGAUAAAAAUGUAUUUCAAGGAAAUAAACCAUUUCAGAUGGGA